UGGUGACGUCAUUGAUCCGGGUCCUGGGCCGGGCGCAGUGGCGAAGAUGGCGCCCGUGGGGGAGAGGAAGGUUCUGGGCGGAGCGGCGGAGGGACAGGAGGGAGCAGAGGAGGACGAGGGACAGAACCUGUGGACCUCCAUCCUGAGUGAAGUCUCCACCCGCUCUCGAUCCAAACUACCCACUGGGAAAAACAUCCUUGUGUUAGGUGAGGAUGGCUCAGGCAAGACCACACUCAUGGCCAAACUUCAAGGUGCAGAACACAACAAGAAAGGGAGGGGACUGGAAUAUUUGUACCUAAAUAUACACGAUGAGGACAGAGAUGAUCACACACGAUGUAAUGUAUGGAUUCUAGAUGGUGAGCUGUACCAUAAGGGCCUUCUUAAAUUUGCGGUUUCUGGGGACAACUUGAAGAACACUCUGGCAGUCUUUGUAGCAGACAUGGCCAGGCCUUGGACUAUCAUGGAUUCUUUGCAGAAAUGGGCUAGUGUGUUGCGGGAGCACAUUGACAAACUGAAAAUCCCACCUGAGGAAUUGAGGGAAAUGGAACAGAAAUUGGUGAAGGAAUUCCAGGAGUACGUGGAGCCUGAAGAAGGAUCUCAUGGGUCCCCACAAAGGAGAGCCCCAGUAUCUGGACAGGAAGAUGAGGAGGUGGUUUUGCCAUUGGGCGAGAAUGUACUAACGCACAAUUUGGGCAUUCCGGUACUGGUUGUCUGCACAAAGUGUGAUGCGGUCAGUGUACUAGAGAAGGAGCAUGAUUACAGAGACGAGCACUUUGAUUUCAUUCAGUCACACAUUCGCAGAUUCUGCUUACAGUAUGGCGCUGCCUUGAUUUACACGUCAAUAAAAGAAGAGAAGAAUGUUGAUCUCUUGUAUAAAUACCUUGUCCACAAAAUGUAUGAUUUCCAAUUUACUAUGCCUGCCUUAGUGGUGGAGAAAGAUGCGGUUUUUAUUCCUGCAGGAUGGGACAAAGAUAAGAAAAUUGCUAUUUUACAUGAGAAUUUUGCGAUAGUGAAACAAGAUGACAGUUAUGAAGACAUAAUCGUGAAGCCCCUGGUCAAAAAGCCUGUCCACGAUAAAGAAGUGGCUGCAGAGGACGAGCAAGUUUUCCUGAUGAAGCAACAGUCUCUUCUUGCCAAACAGCCUGCCACUCCUUCAAGACCUGCCGACUCUCCAAGACAGCCAGGUGGCUCCCCCAGGACCCCAAGACAACCAGGUGGGACAAACAUGGUAACUGCAGUCCCACCCAUGACAUCGGGAACUCCAAAAGGUCCUGCUGCUGCAAAUGAAGGAGUGCUGGCAAACUUCUUUAACAGUUUAUUGAGUAAAAAAACAGGUUCUCCUGGGAGUCCUGGAGCUGGAGGAGUACAGAAUGCAGCCAAGAAGUCAGGACAAAAGCCGGUUUUAACAGAUGUUCAAGCAGAGCUGGAUAGGAUGUCUCGAAAACCGGAUUCAGUAGUCACAACAAACAACUCUUCUCCAACAGAGAAUGAAGCCUAAAAGCUGCAAGACACACUGUAUAAUAUAAUAUUUAAAGAUAAAAGACCAAAUUAGACAAUUGUAUCAAUCGAGAGGGCCAGCAGUUGUCUAAUGUGGCAGCCGCUAUCAGUUUUUGUUUGGG